GGCGUUGAGAGCCGCACCGCGCGCACACGGGGAGCGCAGAAGAAGAAGCGGCAGCAGCUCGGACAGAAGCUGAUUACAGCAGUCGGCAGACACAGGUGGUGUUCGGUACUAUCUGCCGGAAGAACCGUAAACAGAAUAAAACCAUGAAGAACGAAGGUAUAGAGGGCACGGAGAGAUUCCUGAGCCCGGACAAAAACCGAGGCCUGCGGGCAGUGAGGCACUUCUCGGUGGGGGAGCUGGUCUUCGCCUGCCCUGCCUACUCCUACGUGCUGACAGUGAAUGAGAGAGGAGCGCACUGUGAGAACUGCUUCACCAGGAGAGAAGAUCUUUUUAAAUGUGGCAAGUGUAAGCAAGCCUACUACUGCAAUGUUGACUGUCAGAGAGGUGAUUGGCCCAUGCAUAAACUGGAGUGUGUAGCUAUGGUUGCCUACGGGGAAAACUGGUGUCCGUCUGAGACAGUCAGACUGGUCGCUAGAUUAAUCAUGAAACAGAGAGUCACAACAGAGCGAACCCCUUCAGAAAGGCUGCUGCUGCUCAAAGAGUUUGAAUCCCAUUUGGAUAAGAUGGACAGUGAGAAGGAUGAGAUGAACCAAACAGACAUUGCAGCCCUGCACCACUUCUACUCCAGACACAUCAGUGACCUCCCCGACGAUCAGGCUCUCACUGAGCUCUUUGCACAGGUUAACUGUAAUGGUUUUACCAUAGAGGAUGAGGAGCUCUCCCAUCUGGGAUCAGCUGUUUUUCCAGAUGUAGCGCUGAUGAAUCACAGCUGUAGCCCGAAUGUCAUCGUGACCUACAAAGGCACAGUGGCUGAGGUCCGAGCUGUUCAAGAAAUAAACCCUGGAGACGAGAUCUUCAACAGUUACAUCGACCUGCUCUAUCCGACAGAGGACAGGAGAGAGAGGUUGUUAGAUUCCUACUUCUUCACAUGCCAGUGUACUGAGUGCACCUCCAAGUCCAAGGAUAAAGAAAAAAUGGAGAUCAGGAAGCUGAGUUCUCCACCAGAGCCAGAGGAAAUCCGAUCUAUGGUCCGUUAUGCCAAAAAUGUAAUCGAGGAAUUCAGGAGAGCCAAGCACUACAAGACCCCCAGUGAGCUGCUGGAGAUGUGUGAGCUCAGCCUAGAGAAGAUGGGAGCGAUAUUUGCGGACACCAACGUCUACAUGCUGCACAUGAUGUAUCAGGCCAUGGGUGUCUGUCUCUAUAUGCAGGACUGGGAUGGAGCUAUGAGCUACGGAGAGAAGAUUGUUCAGCCAUACAGUGUUCACUACCCAGCCUACUCUCUAAAUGUGGCGUCUAUGUAUCUGAAACUGGGACGUCUGUAUUUGGGGCUAGAGAAGAAGACGCAAGGAAUCAGAGCUCUGAAGAAGGCAGUUGCCAUCAUGGAGGUGGCUCAUGGGAAAGAUCACCAUUAUGUAGCUGAAGUCAAACGAGAAAUCGAGGAGCAGAAGUAAACAAGGUGCAGCAGGAGGAGCAAAAAAAGAUUACGAAGAGAGGUGCUUAACUGAGGAACCUCUCUGAAGACGACAACAUCACAACUGCAUGCCACACAUCUUAUACCUCUGCCUUUCGUUCGCCCACUCCAGUGUUCGUCAAGCCUCUUUCUGGAAGGGUCUCUUUCUUUUGUCAAGUGUAUUGUCAACAUAUUCUGGCUGAGGAUGACCACGUUAUGUUUCCGUCUAUAAUACUCACUGUUCUGACCUUGAACUUCACAUGUUGUUUUCUGUGUGCUGAAGCUAAUUAAAUCCAUUCAACAGCUAUAUUCAUAUUUUCGAAAAAUGUGAUCACAUCAGCGGAAAGAGAAGAAAAACCUAAAUACUUCCUCUAAAGCUGCCUUUUGGACAAAACAAAGCUGUCAUGUGACGGUUACAGAAACUAUUGUCUGCAGUUUUCCUGGAAUGUUGCCCUUUUUUCUGAGUCUGAAAUAAUUUAGUCCGUUCUGCGACCCAUGAACAGAAUGUGUUUCACUGUUUUUCAUGACUUUGGCAGCAGUUUUGGCCGUACAGCUUUGCUCCAUAGCAGUUGUUUAAUGGUUUGGACUUAUGUACAACCUGGUUAAUAGUUGUUACGGUGGGCAUUACUACUAAGUUGCAUCCUCUGCAUUUUAAUUCUAUCAAAUAUUCAGCAACAGAGUUUCCGGCUUCAUUGAUUCAUGUUUAAACUGUGAAAAAAAGACGACUGACCAUGCAUCAGGUACUCAGUAGCAAUGGAGAGGAGAAUGCAAAUAACUAUAUUCCUGACUGAAUAACCAGUGUUUUGAUGGGCUUGUCUUACCGUAUGUUUUGCUUGUUUUAUGAACAUGAAGAAGUGUUGCAUGUUUUAUUACUAUUGUAUUUUAUUUUUUUCAUAUGAGGCUUGUUGACCAAAAGGGCCACGGGUUUGAUUGACAAGGAACCAGCUAUAAUUCUCUAUUCACAGUGUAUCCUUAAUCAAGGGUGCUGAUUUGAGACCAUUACCUCAGAGUGAAGAUGUCGCAACUACGACAUAACCAGUGAUCCUGGAUCAGAGCCCCUUUUGCUCUCAGGAAGAAAAGGCGCAACACUGUAGCUUUUGUUGCCUUUUAUCAAGAGAUGGGUUAUAUUACCUUUUUUAGUUUUUUUUCUCAGAAGCAUCCUUAAACCUGGGAAUUAAGUCAUCUUAGUAUCAGUGGGCAGAAUAUUAACAUACAAUUUACUUUUCACACAAGUAAUAACGAGGGGGGAUAUCAUCCUCUUCAUACACUUAAAUCUCUAUGGUCAACAAGUGAAAGUGCAUCUCCCUUUAAUCCCUGGUUUAGUGCAGAGUUCAUGUUUGCACUCUGGUAAAUUUAUCAGACUGAAAUGAUCUUAAUACAUGACAACAUGUACCAACAUGGCAACUUUUAAAAGAAGCGUUACCUCUGGCAGAAAUAGAUAUCAAAUAAUAUCAAAAUAGAUGUCAGUGAAAUUAAGAAAAUCAUGUUUAUCACGUGGUUGGUCAUAAAUGAUAGAAAUGUCUCAAUGAUCUUGAGAGUAGGCAUGCAGUGUGCGAAGGAGGCUUUAAAAAGUUGAAGGUUAACACAAUGCAAAGAUCAUCACCUGGGCCUUACUUAAAGGUUCUUGUUGCACUAAGAUUUUGUACAAUUUUUUUGUGACAAAAUGAUGUCAAAAUGGCAAACCAGUAAGCACAUUUUGUUUCAUUUUUAUAAGUUUUUGAGACCAGACAGUUGGCCUGCCUCUGGUGACACAAGUCACAGAUGUAAUUAUUUUAUUCUUUAUAAUACCUGUAGCUGCUCCCUCUUUAAAGGAAAAGUUCACCCCAAAAUGAAAAUGUAGUCAUUAUCUACUUGUCUUCAUGCUGAUGGAAAGUCGAGUGAAGUGUCAUAGUCCACAAAACAUUUAUGGAGCUUCACAGCAAAACAGCCUGGCACCAUUCUCCCUUACAAAUGAAGUAGAUAUGGACUCAAAAUGACUCCACACAGCAUGUCUGGCAUUCCCCAAGUCUCCAGAAGCCCUGAGAUCCCAAAUCAGUUUGAAAAAUACUUAAUUUACGCCUUUGAUGACCUCGUGCAGUCCAGCUCAUGCAUCCACUUUAGACAUAAUGAGCAGUGACGCUUUAAGCUUUGCAACUACAGUGAAGAUUUCGGCUUCAUAAAGGAUGUAAAUAAGGUCUUUACAAACCAGCUGUCAGUGGUAUGCAGCCAUCUUAUGUUUUUUAGAAGUUCCUAUCUACUUCAGUUGUGUAGGAGAAUGAUAUGAUGUUUUGCUGUGAAGUUCAAGAAAUACUUUGUGGACAACCAAACUCCUGACUGUCCAUCUGAGGGUGAGUAGAUGAUGGUUAAAUUUAAAUGUUUGGCUGAACUGUGCCUUUAAUAUGGAUGCAAUUUUUAUGCACCACAUGAAUGUGGGUUACUGCGGGUUGGAAACGGCCCGUCGUUACGAGUUGCCUGUGGUGGCAUUUGUAGCAACUCCUGUGUUGCCACCUGUGAAAGAUACAUCUAGAACUUGUCUGCCUUACAGCUUUGCAUAGGUAAUCCAAAAGCACCAAUCAGCAGCUCUGUUCCACAUGUUUACUUUUUGUGGAUGUUUUUUAAACAAAGGAAAGACACAAUGAAAAGAUGUUUUGUAGGCUGGUUUGCAGAAACCAAAAAAAACAAACAAAAAAACAUCUUAACCUUCUGUUUGCCAGACUAGAGCACACAUUUUAUUUCUGGCCGUACUCUUAAGAACACGCAUAUGAUUUGUUUGACUUUUCUCUGUGUUGUCAUGAAAGAUGAAAACCUGUGGCACAAGGGUUAAAACAGUAAAAAUCCAUACUCAUGCUGCAUGUAUGAAACCAGAUGAGAGGAAAAACCCAGAUGAUGUUUUCUGCCAAUUCUGUAACAAACUGUUUCUUUAUCAGGCAUGAAUGUUGUGUUAGUGGAAUGCAAAACAACAAUGUGAGCCUCUGAUUCUUUCUGUACCAUGUCGGUGGAUCUCAAUAAAUGACAGAAUGACA